UACUCGACAAACUAUCCGGCGCCCAAGCAUUUCUCUCAGGGCCGGUACUUUAUUUAAUACUCAUUCAUCUUCUUCGCGCUGCUACUCUCUUCAUUAACCUUUGUAUUUUUCGCGCUAUUAUGCUGGACAAAAUCUUAGCCAAGAUCGUGGGGAGGGCGGAUGCGGGUCCGACGGAGCGGGACGACGACCCGAUCCAUCCAGCUGUGGGAACCGCCUCGAUUCCGCUCCCAUACCUUUACGAGCUCUGCUACCCGCGCUUCUGCGGUACCGUUGGCUUUCCCAUGUACUACAACCACGUACUCGACGAAACCUCUUGGUGCCACCCCGUCAAGCUGGCCGAGCUACAAGAGGCCGGCCUCGUGUACUCCGCCCUGUCGACCGCGCCCUUUGUCCCUGACACUUUUUGGGACGAGCCCGUCUCCGCGCCGUGGGUCGUAAAGUACGACCGGAAAGGACAGCCGCGCUACACCAACACCGACACGGACGAGACAGUGGAGCGCCACCCGAAGGCUCUCGAGUUGGGCCGCGCCCGGGGGAGUCGAGAGUCGGAGCGCCGCCCGCUCAGCUGCGGCGGCGGACCCGCGGAGGAGGCCUGGCUCCUGCAGGGCAGGCUGCCGCCCUGGAUGGACAAGAUUGAGAGUUUCCCCACGGGCUCCAAUGCCACGCCCCUGUACAUCAACUACCGCGCAGACAGGUGGGAAGCUCACGACCACGUCAAGUUUUUCUUGGAGGAGGGUCGGUACAUUUCCGAGGAGCGGGCCCGCGAGAUGGAGAAGACGCCCAUCGGGCGCCAUAAAUUGCGGUACUAUACGGUUCUGGACGCCGACACCUUGGCCGCGAGGGCGGCUGUGAAACUUGCCAAACAAAAGACCAAGGUCCUCGACCCUUCGCGUGCCGAGAUCAUGCAUUGUCUUGACUAA